GCAUAAAGUAACCGCGAAGCACUAGUAACGACGAUGUUUUCGAAACUCGUUCUCAUGGCACCGCUUGUUUUCUUCGUGCAGGCUUUGAAUAGGGGAAACAGACCCCCUCCUAUCAGGAUUCCUCCACCUGGUGCAUUUUUCCCUCCGCCGGAACAGAAUCCAUGGAUUGUAGAACAGAAUCCAUUUGCUGCACCGUAUCACUUCCCUCGACCACCACUUACGACAAGAACUUGGUGGGGACGUGCUCGCUAAGCUUGAAAAUUGCUUCUGCAAUUGUUGUUUCUAUGUUAAUGCGAAAUUGCAUUAAUAAACUCAAACUG